ACAACCACCAAAUCUACUUUAUGAGUUUUAUUUUAGUGAUAUCUUUAAAAUCAACAAGCAGCCAUGUCUGGGAUGCUAGCGAGACUACUUUUUUAUCCAACGUUAGGCUACAAUGUUUUAAUGGAGAAAGUGUCGUCGCGGCGGUGGUUCGACCGGGUGGAUGAGACUGUGGUUCUGGGAGCGCUGCCGUUCCGAUCCAUGAUCAAACAGCUUGUGGAAGGAGAAAAUGUCAGAGGGGUUAUCACCAUGAAUGAGGAAUAUGAAACCAAAUAUUUCUGUCUCUCUGCUGAGGAGUGGCAUGCUGCAGGCGUGGAGCAGCUGAGGUUGAGCACCGUUGACCUAACUGGUGUUCCCAGUCUGGAGAAUCUGCACCGAGGUGUGGAGUUCAUCUUGCAGCACAGAGAGCAAGGAAACGGCGUGUAUGUACACUGCAAGGCCGGACGUUCGCGCAGCGCCACAAUGGCUGCUGCAUACCUCAUACGGUUACACUGCUGGACUCCAGAUGAAGCCUGUCAGAACCUGGCAUCCAUUCGACCUCACAUCCUGGUGCGCUCAGCACACCUGGAGAUGCUGAAGACAUACCACCAGCAGGUGUGUGGACAGUCAGGCUGAGGGAGCCAGGCAGGGGUCAGAGGUCAGUAUGUUUUGGCAGGACAUUUGAAGUCACAAGGAAGUGAAUCACGGCUGCUCCACUUUGUUUUUCAGCCAAUCGUGCUGCAUGUUAAUUAUUUUAUUUCCUCACAAAUGUCACAUUAUUUUCAUGAACAGAAACUCGGUGGGCAUUGUUUCCAUUUGAUAGUCUUGGAUUAUUAUUAUGAUUUUUUUUUUUUUUUUUUAAUCCUUGGAAUAUUCAAAACCUGCCGUAUCAACAUGCUGUGGUGAUAGUGUUUCCAUGACGUGAAGGUUUCUCUUUUAGGCACCUGAAUUUAGAAUUUAUUUCAAAAUCAGGAAUUUGUGAAGCUCAGGGUUAUCUUACAAGAUGUUCCAACUUUUUUUUUUUUUAAAUGUGUACAGCUUUUGUACUGCAUUUGCACAAGUGCACAGUUUUGUGUCAUUCUGCCAUGCAGCAGUUACUGUGUACACUAGGAAACAUUUUUUCCCUUUAUUGGUUGUCUCAUAACUUUAAAGAACUAUAGAGACUCCAUAUUACAAUAAAUGUUUUAACAUGAAUAUGAUUUGAGAUUUCAUUUGGUUCCUCUGUGUGUCAUCAGACCUCUGCACAUGUAUGUGAAAGCUGCUGUUUGCCAUGUCACUCCAUUAAAACGUGAGCUAGCCGACUCGUUAGCACAUAACAUUGCUCUCCCAAAGC